AAACCAGUUAAAAAAAAUAUCUGUGGAAUUACUUUAGUCUAUGGCGGAUGAUAUGUCAUUUUUCGAAAAAAAAAACAAGUCCAAAAGACGCAAAGUGUAAAGAAAAUUCUAUAAUAAUUUAAAAACAAAUAAAUUAGUAAAGGUAAAAUGUCGAUUUUAGCCUACAACGGUGGCGCAGUGGUGGCUAUGAAGGGCAAAGACUGUGUGGCCAUCGCCACGGAUAAGCGCUACGGCAUACAGGCACAGACCAUAUCAGCAAACUUCCUCAAAGUGUUCGAAAUGGGCCCCACGUUAUAUGUAGGUCUUCCAGGACUGGCAACGGACACACAGACUGUGUAUCAAAGACUUAAGUUCAGAAUGAAUCUGUAUGAGUUAAAAGAGAACAGAGUAAUGAGGCCCAAGACAUUCUCAGCGAUGCUGUCUAACCUGUUAUAUGAGAGACGUUUUGGACCCUACUUCAUUGAGCCUGUGGUGGCUGGGUUGGACCCUAUUGACAAUACACCCUAUGUCUGCAAUAUGGACUUGAUUGGUUGUCCUAACGAACCUGAAGAUUUCGUAGUAUCAGGCACAUGCACAGACCAGCUGUAUGGUAUGUGCGAGGCACUGUGGGAACCUGACCUAAGACCUGAUGAGCUGUUUGAGACUAUUUCACAGGCACUAGUGAACGCGGCUGACCGCGACGCAAUCUCCGGCUGGGGUGCUGUGGUCUACAUCAUUGAGAAAGACAAGAUCACAGAGAAACAUGUCAAGACUAGGAUGGAUUAGUUUUAUGGUAUAUGGAAUUUUGCUUUUACUAAUAAAAUUUGAAAACUGA